AUGGGCACGCAUAAGAAUCUGAGGGGAAAAGUACCAUUGUCGAUCAUUACCAUCUUUGUUUGUGCCUUGGCGUUCUUAGUUCUUUUGUACACUGAAAGGAUCAGCUUUCUUUCUUCCGGUUCCAUUUUCAGAUUUACGUCCUGCAGCGCUAAACUACAUGCUGCAAAGUUGAAAAAGUCGCGUGAUGAGUACAUCAAGCCAAUUAGUUAUGCAGAUGAUGAUAGGUUUGAGUUUGAUCCAGAAGAAUGCAGUUUGGCUCAUGGAAAAUGGGUGUUUAAUCGAUCAGUUAAGCCUCUGUACUCAGAUAGGACGUGCCCGUAUGUAGAUAGCCAGUUUUCCUGUGUUAAGAAUGGACGUCUUGAUUCUGACUACCGCUAUUGGCAAUGGCAGCCUGAUGAUUGUAUAUUGCCUAGGUUUGAUCCUCAAAUUGCCCUGAGAAAACUUCAAGGAAAGAGGCUAAUGUUUGUAGGGGAUUCACUUCAAAGAGGACAAUGGCAAUCCUUUGUUUGCCUUGUUGAAUCUGCAAUACCACAACGCCAGAAAUCCAUGAAACAAGGCCAUAUCCAUUCAGUCUUCAAAGCUAAAGAAUACAAUGCCACAAUUGAGUUCUACUGGGCUCCAUUUCUAGUAGAAUCCAACUCAGAUGUUCAUAUAAUAGCAGAUCCAAAGAAGAGAAUUCUGAAAGUUGAUUCAGUUGCCAAGCAUGCCAAAUAUUGGACAGGAGUUGAUAUUGUUGUCUUUAAUUCUUAUGUUUGGUGGAUGAGUGGUCUUAAGAUCAAAUCACUAUGGGGAUCGUUUGCCAAUGGAGAAGAUGGUUACGAAGAAUUAGAUGCGAUUGUUUCUUACAGAAUAGGCCUAAAGACAUGGGCAAAUUGGGUCGAUUCAAACAUUAAUCCAAACAAAACACGUGUGUUCUUUACUACCAUGUCGCCUACACAUCAAAGGAGCGCGGAUUGGGGGAACGUGAACGGGACUAGAUGCUUCAAUGAAACAAAACCCAUAAGCAAGAAACGAUACUGGGGAUCUGGUUCAGACAAGGGGAUGAUGAGCACUGUGGCUGGCGUAGUCGAAAGGAUGAAAGUCCCUGUUACAUUCAUCAACAUAACUCAACUAUCAGAAUACAGAAUUGAUGCUCACUCAUCAAUUUAUACUGAGAUGGGAGGCAAAUUAUUGACUGAUGAAGAAAAGGCUGAUCCAUUACAUUAUGCAGAUUGCAUACAUUGGUGUUUACCAGGAGUUCCCGAUACCUGGAAUCAAAUAUUUUAUGCACAUUUGUAG